CAAAAUUAAAGCCCAAUGAGAAAAUACCUCUCACUGAAAAGACAAAACGAAACCGCGGUUGACGUAGGCGCGUGGCGGAGGCGCAGCUCACAGUUCUCUUAUCUGCGCGUGUCAGUCUGUGAGAGCCUCAGUGGGAACUAUGGACAACCAGUGAGCAUGUGCCCUGCUGUGAUCACACUGACCGAAAGGAUUCAAUCAAGGAUGGAGUACAAGAAUGAAAAUGCUGGUAUAGAACUGCUUCUUGCUCACAUGAACAUUGAAGACUUCAUCCAAGUGGCAGAGGAUUUCUACUGUGUUGGCGAGGAGGUGGAAGCAGGAGUUUCAUUUGAGGAAAGUUUCUCGCAAGAAGACAUGGAUGAGAUUGAGGAGACGCCACAGGAUUUAAUCUCACAUGUGCAAAAUCCUGGAAAGGUCCGUUACGGGACUGCAUCCGACCUCCUGGACUUUGUAAAUAUGGUUUCUAACAUCCCGUCCUCCUCUCUAUUGGAGGUGGGGGAAGAAAUGGGGGUUCUGCUAAACAAGACAGACAUGGUCAUUAAGGAGGGGCAUUAUCGCAUUGACUUGGAUGUCCUUCUGUUUCCUUGGAAACUAACCUACAAGCCCCCUGGCCCUGGACACGUUCCCAAAGGCUCAUUUGGGAAGGUCCAUCUGGCUCAGGACACCAAAACUCGGAAGAGAAUGGCAUGCAAACUAAUUCCUGUGGAACAUUUCAAGCCUGCAGACGUGGAAAUCCAAGCCCGGUUCCAUCACGAGAACAUAGCAGAGCUGUAUGGGGCAUUGCUGUGGGAGCAGACGGUGCAUUUGUUCAUGGAAGCGGGAGAAGGGGGCUCAGUUCUGGAGAAGCUGGAUAGCUGUGGUCCAAUGAGAGAGUUUGAGAUCAUUUGGGUCUCUCAGCAGGUUCUGCGAGGCCUGGAGUACUUGCACUCUCACAAGAUCAUACACCACGACAUCAAACCCAGUAAUAUUGUGCUGAUGUCCGCAAAAGCCGUGCUGGUGGACUUUGGGCUUACAGUACAGAUGAAGGAUGAUGUAUAUGUUCCUCGGGACUUACGUGGCACAGAGAUGUAUAUGAGUCCAGAGCUGGUUUUAUGUCGAGGACACAACACCAAGACUGACAUCUACAGUCUGGGAACCACAAUCAUACACAUGAUGAGUGGAAGCCCUCCGUGGGUUAGGAGAUAUCCCAGAACAGCCUACCCCUCAUACCUUUACAUAAUCCACAAACAGGCUCCUCCUCUGGAGGACAUACCUGAAAGCUGUAGUCCCGCAAUGCGGAGGCUCCUGGAGCAUGCACUCGAUAGGGUCCCUGCACGGAGGAGCUCUGCCACAGAAUUACUAAAUGAGGAAGCCCUCCAUCCUUCUCGGGAAGACCAGCCACGCUGUUGGAGUCUGGACUCUGCACUGGAGGAAGGCACACAUCCACUGCUGCGACAGCACAGUCAGCUUUCAGAAAGCACCCAAGAUUCUUCCUUGUACACUGAGGAUUCUGGGCACUCGAAGAAAAAAGGAUCCCUUUAUAUAGAUCUGGGCGCCUUGGCUGGCUACUACAAUCUGGUUAGAGGGCCACCAUCUAGUGAAUAUGGCUAAUUAAGGUGGAUUUUUGCUGAGGAGCAGUGGGGGACUUGUAUCAGAAUUGCAUAGACAGAUCAGUUCCAUGGAGCUGAAUUAAUCCACAAGAUGAUUCAGCAUAUACUGUAUGUUGUCCUAAAUGAGGACAGUCUGCGCUGAUUGGACAGUGUUUGGACAUGAGCUGUCCAAUCAGAGAUGGACUUCUUGAAGAGAAGACAGACUUGUGGUUUUUAAUGUUAGAUGAACAGUUUGUGAGGUGUGGUUUUGUUAAUGCAGUUCCUUGUCUGUGUUUUGAGAACAUGAAUAUAUCAAAUGUAUAUGAAAUACAUACUAGGGAUGCACCAAUAUUAAAAUCUGGCCAAUAUAGAAAAGCCUAUAAUCAUUUUUCUGUUAUAGAUGAUAAAAAUAAAUGGCUGAUUUUACAAUUGUACACUAUUUUGUUUUUUUUUAAAAAGCUUUUAUUUAUACAUCACAACAUUAUAAUGUACAGUAUGAAAAUUCAUAUUCAUUUUGAGACUUGCUAAAAGCCACAUUCAAGAGUGAUUUAAAAUUAUUAGUGUUUUUAUAAAUAAACUUUAAGGAAGCUAUAGAUGAUGCUAAAAGUAAUCAAAAUGCAAAAAAACAAAGGAAAUGCAUGAACAAUUACAAAUGUAAUAUUGACUGUGCAUCCCUAUAAUACAGACUAAUGUUUCCUGAUAUUUUGUCAUAUAUAUAUAUAUAUAUAUAUAUACUGUAUAUAUAAUUGCAGAUCACUGUAGCUGUGCUAGGUGUAUUGAUUAUGUAUUCCACAUUUGAUCACAUAAGGGGCAGGCCCUAAUAAGAGUAAAUCUGUGCUUUGAAAUAUGAAAUAUGGGGAUUGCAAAUAUACAUCAAUAAUAAUUUUAACAAAUAAACAUUAAACUGAAAAUAUUUACUGAAAUUAGUUACUAAAGGGCACAGACAGAUUAAUGUCAGUGGUCAAAUAUUCAGUGUAGUAUCUGUGAGCAUAUUGCAUUGAAUAUUUGACCACUGACAUUAAUUUGUCUGUGCCCUUUAGUAACUCAUUUCAGUAAAUAUUCUCAGUUUAAUGUUUAUUUGUUAAAAUAAUUAUUAUGUAUAUUUGCAGUCCCCAUGUGAGUGCCAUGUCUUUAAAUAGCUUUACCUGAGAUACAUUAAUAAUACAAUCAUUGUAAAAAUAAGUGUUGCCAAAAAGCACACUACUUUUUUCUCACAAGGAAGCGUUUUCAGAUGAUACUGAAAAUAAUCUCAGGGUUUUAUUCCCAUGGAAUGUGUUUUUGUUGAGUAGUUGCAAUGCAAAACAAAGAAAUGUGCACUCAGACAAAAAUUUUAUUGAUCCGCCAUAUAAACCUAAUGUUUUUAAUUAAUAAAAACUGACUCCAUAAACAUGUUCUGACACCAAAGCAAUUUAGUUGUCUGUACAUCUGUAUGAAAGCUCCAGUCUGCAUAUUCUUGUUCAAAAACGAAAAAUGAUGCACAUAUUAUCUUGUUAAAAUCAGCAUAUUAGCAGCCUUUCAUGUGUUUAUACAUUGGAUAAAUAAAUGUAAAGCCAAUAUGCUGUCAAUUUUGCUUUUAUUUGAUGACUAAUUUAUCAGAAUUUAUAAUGUAAGGUUGUAAUUUCAGAUAACAAAGGUAAAAAAAAUUCAUCUGGUUGUUUCAAUCAAUAAAAGGUUCUUCAGAAGUUUCUUAGUCAUUCUGGAAAGGCCAGAGAGUCUGUGUGUGAUGAUAGUAUCACCUGAGAUGGAAUCUGACCUUGGGGGAAAUUAUAAAAUAAAUAAAUGUACUAAAAACGA